GCUCAGUAUAAUAAUAAUAGAGAUAUUCGGAGUAGUGCGCAAACGAGUCAUUUUCAGACGUUACGGACUUAGCCGCCGGAGCAAUCGAAUUGCCGAAAUACGGACUUAGCCGUCGGAGUAUUCACAGUGUCAUAUUUGGACAUAGCCGCAAUCACGCAUUUUACGCGUGAAAACAUAGUUGCGAGGCGCGCCAACUUCGUGCGCGAAGUGCCUAUUAUCGAUUAUCUAGAGCCGCUCUCCAUUUUUGUGUAUUUGUGAAUCAAGUGAUUUAACUGAAUAAUAAGCAGUUAAAUAAAAACGAAUUCUACUCUUUAUUGACAAUCGCGGGCUGCGUUGUACUUGGAGUCAGAUAAUUAUGAUUCGUUGGCGUAGUAAAAUCGCAGUCGUUACCGGCGCUGGAUCCGGCAUCGGCGAAGCAAUUACACGUGCUCUUUUGCAAAACGGAGUGAACGUGGUUGCCCUGGAUAUCCAGAAAGAAAGAUUAGCAAAACUCGAUGCGGAAUGUAAGCAGGAAGGUUCACGAACCUUCGGCUCAUUACAUACUAUAUGCUGUGAUGUAAAUUGCGAGAACGAUAUUGAUGCAGCAUUCUUGCAUAUCGAGACGUUAGGUGGUGUGGAUAUUAUGGUCAACAAUGCUGGCAUUAUCGAUACUUCACGAAUAAUAGACAGCGACAGGAAAACAUUUGAAAGAAUGUUAGAUACUAAUGUCCUCGCAGUCGCCGUGUGUACGAACAAAGCAGUGCAUUCGAUGCGCAAACGAAACGGCGAAGGACAUAUUUUUAGUAUUACCAGCGUUUUGAGCCAUUCUUUAGUACCGGCUAGUGUAGGAGGGAAUUUAUAUGCUGCUAGUAAACAUGCAUCUCUUGCUCUAACUCAUACAGUACGACGAGAACUAGCAGAAAUUAAGGCUCCUAUCCGAGUUACCAGCAUUAGUCCUGGUACUGUAAAAACGAACAUCCUUGAACAUUCGAAUACAAUGAGAAACUUCUUCGAGAAAGCACAGUUAAUUCUUCAACCGUCAGACAUAGCUAAUGCGGUCAUCUAUGCUCUUGGAACGCGACCGGAAGUUCAGAUUACGCAGCUUAUCAUCCAGCCCACUGGGGAGUCUAUAUAUUGAGAAUUGCAAGGCAGUAAUCGUCUUUGAAUUUUUGUUUAUUUCAACUGUUAAUUUUAAUACGCAAAUGCUUACUGAAAAAAAGUAAUGUCAGUUGAAAUAUAUAGUAAUAUCUGAAGAGCAAGAUUGUAAACAGUAUUGUUUGAAAGAAUAAAAAAUUACUGAUAAG